UAAAUGUUGAGUCUCAUUUAGGUGCUAAAUCGGAAUACUUUCAAAUGAGCGUGUAUUAAAUUAACUUUAACAUUCAUAAACAACACACGCUUAUCAAAAACUACACUUUGUUAAAUUUGUUGUCCGUUACAGUGCACCGUGUUGUUGGUUUUAACAGGUUUUAACUGCUGUAGAAUUAUAUUUUGAAAAUCGAAAAUAAACAAAAUUCAUAAUUCUUUAACUUAAUCCGUCGAAAAAUCAGGACACAUGGCUCUAGUCGGAAAAGGAUUUUCAAAAUACUUAAACACGCUGUUCAACGAUCCGGAACUUUCCGACGUUGCGAUCGUGCUGGACAACGAUGAGGGGGACGGCACAUCCGCGGAGACCAAGACGUUCCAUGGCCACCGCGUGAUUCUGGCCACCGUGUCGGACUACUUCCGGUCGAUGCUGUACGGCUCGUUUGUGGAGGCGACCAAGAAGGAGAUCCGCCUGCCGGGAGUUCCGUACUCGAUUUUCCUCAAAAUAAUGGAGGUCGUUUAUCUGGGCAAAACCGUCCCGUGUGCAAAUGGGACGCUGGAAGAAGCGGAGGAGUUUUACUCGCUGGCCCAGAUGCUGCUGAUGAAUUCUGAGAUGAAAUUUCACUUCGGGGAGUGGAUGAUUGAACGAUUGGAAUGGAUUUCGUCUUGGAAAAGGGAUCUUUUGAAGAUCUUUGCCUUGGCAUUUGAAUGGGACUUGCCUUCGCUCAAGGACGAAUGCGGCUCUAAAUUCAACGAAACAGCGAACGAGCACCUCGAAAAUAGCACGUUUGUGGACUUGCCUUUGAGAGCUGUCCAAAUGAUUUUGGACACUUCCAACAUUUGCUGCACUCGGGCUGAGCUGAAACGAGCGAUCCAAGCCUGGAUCGAACACCACAAAGGAGAAAUCUCCGCCGAUGUUGCUGCUGAGCUGAACAGGAAAGUUUACAGAUUUGGGAGACUUUGCUAUGAUUUCAAGAUCCUUUCAAUUUCUCGAACGAAGGCCAUGCAAAAGCCGGAGGACGUUCAGCCGCUUGGAGGGUGCGCGGAAUCAAUGGAAGCACUUCUUGCGGAACCCCAUGAGUAUUCGUACAUAUCUCAAACGAAGGUCCUCAAGUGCAUCUGCUUGCGAGGGGCCAAGAUCUGCUUAAGAGCAAACCAGAAGUUUGGUCCCGAGCACGGACGAAUCAAAUCGGAAUUUGAGUUGCAGUUUAUAGUUGAAGGCUACGGCCGCCUCCAUCGGCGCAACCUAACCGUUCGCUACGACUUGACCCAGCACGAACAGCAAUCGGUGACGAUCUUUUUCCCGAAAAUGGCUUGCUGUAAAGACACCAACGUUGGUUUCUGGUUGCGAUGGAAGGGCACCGGAGUGCAACCCGUUUUACAGAAUUACGUUGCUGCUAAAAAUAACAAAACGAUCGAGGCAGACUCCACGUACGUGACGCACAUUAUCUACGAGGACCAAGUCUACGACUGCAAUAACCGCUGUCCAGAGUGUCCGGUUCCGUAUGUUUACGACUGGUAUUCUUCGUCAUCCUAGUUCGACGAGUUCGACUGCAAUGAUGGUGGUCCGAGAACGACAGUGCUGAAGAUGAAACUUUUUCAACUUUUAUUUAUGUAACUGACUACGCAAGCAUCCGAAUAAAAGUGUUUAAACCA